AUGUCGUUCCGUGUCGAUUCUGAGCACCGACUGCUGUCAACAAGUGGCCAAUCGACCAUUGACUACUUGACAGUACCGGACACCGAUCUUCUGCCUAUCCCACCGCAGAGCCCUGGUAGCCUGUCCGUGCCUGGUUACUUGACACGGAAUAUAGCCGAGGAACAAUGGAGACGAGCCAGCAGCACAGCGUCGUCAAUCUUCGAUUUGAGCAAUGAAGCCGAACAACUCGAGCGAGCUCUACAGGAGAAUGACGUCUUGUCCUUGAGCAAGAUCUUAAAGCUUCAUCAUGCCAAAUUUCCGGUGAGGUUUCAGUGCGGAAGCAUUAUGGAGAAAUGCAGUUUCGAUUCUCGAAGCCAACGUUUCAGUCAUGGUAGUCAGACGCACAUGGAAAGAAUCGAUCGGCGAGAAAGCCUCGCCACAGAUGCCAGUGAUGCUCCGUUAAUAUUUCGCACGUCUCUUCACGUUGCAAUUCAGAAUGGGUCGAUGGACGUUCUACGAAUUCUUCUUAAAUAUGGGAUCGAUCCGAACAUCCCAAACCAUUGUUGCUGCACAGUGUCACGGAGAAACAGCAUGCAGCAGGAAAAUGCUUUUCCGAUCGGUGAGAGAAGGCCAUCAACUGAGGUCCCAUCCCAAACGUAUUCCACCAAUCUCGAUAUUGGAAGUUCCCUACUAGGUUCUUGCUCAACUCGUGUUGCAACUACCCACCAAUCUCGUGUCUUGCAACGGGAAUCGCUGUUUCAAAAAUCGAAUAAGUCUGAGACUCCAUUACAUCGGGAGAAGAACAUGACUCCAAAGCCCAAAACCGAAGUACUCUUUGAUUUUUCCUUCAAUUAUGGCCAAGACGAAUUGAUGAAUCUUCCCACACUUUACAUUGCAAUCGUUAACGGUAAUAAACAAGCAGUGCAAUUACUGCUGGAACAUGGUGCCAAGCCAAACGUUCAAGACCGGUACGGGGUUACGCCUCUCCACCUAGCAGUUUGUGCUGAUUUCUACAACCCGGAAACUGUACAUAAUCUGCUGAGAAAUGGCGCGAAGAUUAACUUGCAAAGUUUCUUUGGUAUGUCGCCAUGCCACCUGAGACCGAAUCUAGAGAAGGAACAAAAGGAAAUGAUUCAAACAAUGCUAGCGUCCGGACCCUUAGCGAAAUCCACCCUCGAUACGUUCAACAUGGGCACAAGUCAGGAUUCGGGAGCAUCAUCAUCUAAUAGCGUUACACGUUUCUUUAAGAGACUCAAUAGUGAAAACCGUUCAUCCAAGUUGAAAGACAAACGUGUCACACUCGUUGAGAGUGCGAUGGAAUCGGAUUUAGCAGAAAGGGCUUCCUCCACAAGUUCCUACCGUAGCGCCAGGAGCCGUUUACAGUCAAGGUUCAGCAUCACAGAAGACACAGAGACUGAUAUCUCAAUGGUAAUUAUUGCGUUGUUUCUUCGUGUUUUUCUCUUUAUUCCUGAUUUUUCUUUUUUUCUCCUCCUCUUUCUUCUUGUAUCCUCCUCCUCUUUCUUGUUUUCUCCUCGUUUUCUCCUCUUUCUUGUUUUCUCCUUGUUUUCUCCUCUUUCUUGUUUUCUCCUCUUUCUUGUUUUCUCCUCUUUCUUGUUUUCUCCUCUUUCUUGUUUUCUCCUCUUUCUUGUUUUCUUCUCUUCCUCCUUAUACUUGAUUUCUUCUCUUCCUCCUUAUACUUGA